CCGGCGGAGGGGCGGGAUAUACGGGCGGACGCGGCGGUGAUUGGCUGGCGGGGAGCAGGCGGAAGUGGCGGCGCGGGAGGUGUUGGGAAGAUGGAGAAGACUUUGAACAGAAUUCAUCCAGUUUCUGAUCCAGAAGCAACCUAUUUUCUACAGGUGUCAUGGGAAAAGGAUUUAGGCACUGGCUUUGGUUUACUUCUUAGUGAUUGUCAGUGUGUCUGGACUGGGACAGUGUCUGAAUCAGACAUUUCUACAGAGGCUGCUGACAUAGAAAUGGACAGAGAGAAAUAUGUGGGAGAGCUGAGGAAAGCACUGAUAGCUGGAGAAGAGUCAGCUGGCAAAUACAACUUUGUGAUCUCAAGAGAUGAGCAGAAUAAGGUCUGUCACUUCUCCUAUGAAAGGAACCUGAAAGACGGCUCUUUCAGACUCGGAUCUCUGAAGCUGCAGGAAGUCCCAAACCCAGCAGAGGUGAUGAAGGAACUCAUUGGUUACUGCCUGGACAGCCUGGGAAAGCUGCAGGCCAAAACUGAGGAUCUGCAGAGGGAAAAUGAAAGGCUUUUCAGCAACUGGAGUGACGUGGAGAAGAGGCUGGAAAAAUGCGUGGAAGCUAAAGAGGAUCUGGAGGCAGACCUUUACAGCAGGUUUGUUUUGGUGCUGAACGAAAAGAAGGCAAAGAUAAGAAACUUGCAGAAGUUGUUGAGUGAAGCUAAAGAAUCUGCAGUGGAUGCCAAAUGCUCAAGGGAUAGUAUAGCUACUACUCAGAUGGUUGUAAAGAAAGAAAACAACUAUGAUGCCAGCACUGAUGAGGAAAGUGAAAAUCCAGCACGGGCCUCGCUGCCAUCAGCUCUGGAACGAAGGGACUCCUCCCUGCUGGGCAGCCCAGACAUCGUGGACCCAGCUCCCAGGAGAAAACGAAGACAAAGGACAGCAAAACCUGCAGGCACAGGAGCUAAAGUGGCUAAUUACGAGGCAGAGCAGCCAGCCCAGGAAAAGUAAGCAGGUUUUAAAUGUACUGAAAUGUUUUUAUGCUCACAGACCUCGUGGGACUCCAAACCCAGCUUGGUAUGGACAACCCCUGGUUGAGGAGGUUCCAACCUCACCACCCUGAGAUUCUGCCUUUGGGAUUAGUGCAAAGAAAUUACGUCUCAAUUCCAUCUUUAAUACAUUUUUUUCCCUGAACAUGAAGUCUCCAGGCAGAAAAAACAGUCUGCUCUUACAACACAAAGUAUUUUCCUUGUGUCCAUUUCAACUUCUGGAAGUGUUUCCACAUUUUCUGGGAGUUGCUUAUAGCUGUGCAUAAAGUUCCCUCAGAGCUCUGAUGGCCUUGGUAGUGUUUCUUAGAAAACCAGGUUUUUUUCCCUAAAUAUAUGGCAAAUUACAUUUGAAAAUACAUAUUUUGCAUGUAAAUAUCCUGGAUUCCAUGGAUUGUUAACUCUUUAAACAGCCAUGGACACAAGUAGAUUACAAAGACAUUUCCCAUGAUUAGCAAAGAUUUCUGUUUAAAUCAGCAGGACAAUUAUCUCAUUUUGACGUAAAAGUUGUGGUUUGACGCCAGCUAGAAAUGUUUGCAUUUACAACCCUGUUUUAUUAGUUAAAAAAUUUCAUAUUUUUUUAGGAUGGUUUAGAAAUACGUCAGACCUUGCUUUUUUGCUCCUUACAAUGGAAAAUGCCCUUUCCCCAAGUUGUAUUUGGUCAGUUUGGAUUUGAUCAAAUUUGGAUUUUGACAGCCUGCCUAUGUUUGUCUGAAAUUCGGGUUCAUUUUAUUUAAUACUGAUUGUUGGAGGGAAACCUAUGGAGGCAAAGUAUUGCAAAUAUACAGAGGCCUUGGACUGAGUAAUUGUCUGUUUAUGAAUGUGUAGGGGGACAACUAAGAAGAUAGUGAUAUUUUUGGUUUAAUUCUUUGAAAUAAGGCAAAUUUUAGCAGAAACAGAGCAGCAUUAUGAUCUUCAUAUGUGCAAAGAAUUUCUACUCUGCUUACAGAUUGAGUCAGGGCUGAAUCUAAAGAGUGGCUCUUCCUUUUGGCCUCAAUAUAAUUAGUUAUAAUUUGAGAGUGGACAUAUGGAUCCAUUCUAUCAGUCUCUAUCUCCAUUUUCCUUUUUUGCACUUCAUGUGGCAAUUCUUGGAUUAGAUAGGGAGGUAGGAAAUAUCCCUGUUUACCUGAAACAUUCCAAAAGCUGAACUGAAAUAAUUUCCACUUUGCUGGUUAUUUUUCUCAACUGAAGUUUCUGAGUUUCACCUGGAGUCUUUUGCCAGCUGCUAAUCAAGUUUUCAGUCUUUUGCUUGGCUAAUAAUUUUCACUUCUCUUCAUCCUCUCAAAAGUGGGGAGAUGUAGAAUUAGGGCCGUGAUCCUGUUCACAAAUAAAGGUAUAAUGGAGUAAUUUGUAAUUACUCCAGUAAUUUGUGCUGAUGGAAUGCCAGAUCCUUGGUGCUGCAAAGGGCUUUAUCUUAAGCUGACAGCACGUUGGGGUCCUGCCCAAAAUGUUUUCCAGUAUUGUGUCACUGAGCUAAAAAAAAAAAAAAAAAAAAAAUUUAAAACUUAUUUAUCCAAGCAAAGGGGUGGCAGUGGGGUAAGUUAACUUGAAGUGCCAGAUUUGAUCUGGUUUUGUGAUCACAUCUGCAAAUGGACCGAGGAGUCCUCCCUCCUUCCUGGGCUCUCCUGCUCAGACCUGCAGCCAGGGCUGGCUCCUUAGUGUAAAUACAAAUGGAAAUGCUUCGAGGCCAAGUCACACAAAAAACCCUUCUCCCACAGGUCUUGCUGUAUCAAAUACAGCUUAUUUAGGGUUGUUUCCCACGUGGAAUUUCUGGUGACAUCACCAGCACUCUCCAGGCCAGGGAAGGGCUGCCACAAACCCACCACCACCACCCAAAGCUGCUAUAUCCUGAGCUCCUUGGUACAAAAUCCUAAAGAAAUACCACUUAAAAAUACCUUUUAAGCAAAGGAAAGCGCCCAAGGUUUUCUUUUCCCUUUGCCUUUCAGAUUGUUUCUUAAAAAUGCAAAGUUUUUCAGUGUUACCACAUAACUUGUGUCUUAACUUUUAAGAAAAAAUGUGUCUUAACUUUCAUAUACUUCUCAUAAGACUUCAGAGUAUGCUAAGAAAGUAGCAUUUAUCUCAAAUUCAAGAGCAUCUACAGUAAAUACUAAGUCAUCAAAACCUAAAGGAUUCUAUUUCUGCAAAUAUUUUAGAUUUAUGGAUGUUGAGGCUAGAUGUGUGGCAAUUCUCUGCUCCUUGGUAUGAAAAUAUAUUCGUGGAUAUGACCAAAAAAUACUCAGAGGAAUGCAAAUAAAAAUCUGUUUGACACAGAAAUUGGAGCAAAAGGAGCGCUGCCUUUCUCAUGCUUUGUGUGUGGGUGCAGUGGCAGGAAAAGGACUUGAAUUGAAUUUAUCCAUAUAGACAUCUAGUAUUACUGUGGCAAUUUAUUAAAGGGCUAAAUCAACAUUUUUAAUGAAACUUGGCAAUGUGCUUUGGAUAAUAUUAAGCUUAGUGAAAGUAGCCAUGAUAGCAGCAAGGAACUGAACUAGGAUUUGUGGAACAAGGUCACUAAAUUAACUGUUUAAUUAUUUGCUGAAAUAAAGAUGUACCUUAGGAUAAAGUAGAAAUUUACGAUAAUUAGUGGGUUAGCCAACUGCCAAGAAUGAGGCUUAUCCAACUCUCUAGCAGCUUGUUCUUAAAUCAGAGAUAUCCAGUGGAAGGAAAUGCUUCUUUGGGCAGACAGAUGUUACUUUUAGUUAACAACAGCUGACCUAUUACUCUCAAUUUGCACAUUUUAAAAAUAUGUAAAGACAAAAAGUAGAUCUUACUUUUCAAAACACAAUUGAGCCAGGAAGUAAAAUAAAAUAAUUUUGAUUCCAGUACACCACGUUGGUCUUGGUGCAGCUUUAACUGUAACUUAAUCUCUGGCAAUUUCAUAAGGUGCAAGGCAGAGAUAAUAUAUAAGUCAAGUUAAGAUGCAAAUUCUGCUUUUCACAAUUUGCAUUUUGUAAUUGGUGGA